AUGCUAGGGGAUCCCAUCAUCAAGGCACCAAUGCAAAAUCCAAAACGCAUCCUCGAAGUCGGCUGCGGCACUGGCAAUGUAGCUCGCCGUCUGGCAGGAAUAUACCCGAGGACUACCGUAAUCGGGGUUGAUCUGUCGCCCGUUCCUGCAUCACAAGCUCCGCCACCGAAUAUCUUGUUCAUUCAAGGCGAUAUUCAUGAUCUGGCCGAUGACAGUGCGAAAGCGCCGGAACUUCGGCGAGGGUCGUUUGAUUACAUCUUCAGUCGUAUGCUGGUCUUCGGUAUCAAGGACUGGCCACAACAUAUUGCCCAGUUGAAACGACUGCUGACUCCAGGUGGAUGGUUGGAGCUACAAGAGGUCGACCUGACGGGACUUUUUGAUGGCCAACAAAAUUCCAUCUCAGGCGAUUGGACAUGGCUGUCUGAGCAGAGAGCUGCGUUCGCGAAGCUAGGACUGCACAUAGGCUGUGCACCAGUGCUUGAAAACCAUCUCCAAGACGCUGGAUUCCAGAACGUACACACUCAAAUGUAUCGAUGGAUGCUGGGACCUUGGGAAGGACACCCGGAGACAGACUUGAUGGCUCAGUUCAGCACAAAGUAUACCGCAGAUGCUAACUUCACCGCAUACAAGAAAGUACUGGGUAACCAUAAGAGUGAUUCCGAGCUUUCGGCUGUUAGAGAGGAGAUGAGACAAGCAUUUUCGUGGUCUGAAGAUGGCAAGCACAUGCGAUUCUUUGUAGCUUAUGGUCAAAAGGCUAUCCAGUAG